UCCAGGGCCCCAACUGAAGCAGGUAGGUAAGAGAGCACAGGAGCAGCAGGUUCCCCUCACCCAUGUUCCCCCCAGCUCCACCCUGGAGGCCCCCAGGAAUGUCAGUGCACACUCAGCCCUUUGGGGUCUGAUAAAGGGGCCACGGCCCUGUUUAUGGCCUGAUGGCACCUGUACUCCCUGCUGUCCCCAAGGACAUCUGGGAGGAGGCCUGACAAGCCCUUGCGCAAGGAGUCAGUGUCUGAUCUCUUGGGCCAGCCAAGGCCUGGGGCCCCCUGCCUUAAGCCCAUCCCAGGGUCUCCUGCAGAGAGAAGUGGACACCAGUAACCACUUUCCAGGCUGGGCCAUGGGUAGGGUGUGAGCUCUACCUUGGGAUCCCACACACAGUAACUAGGGGGCAGUUAUGGCAGGGUGAAGCAUUGCAGGACAGCUGGGGGUUGAGGCACAUUUGUCUACAUGGGUGCCCUUUGCCAGCAUUGCGUGGGCCUUUGUCACCCUACCGGGUCCUCCAGGCAGCCUCUCCUGGCAGGUGCUAUUUCCACAGACCAGAAAAGCAGCUUGGGCAAGACAAAUUCCCAAGAGUGCACAGUAGCAAGUCACAGGCAGACCCUGGCUCCAAAUGCCACACCCCUCAAAGCCCUGAAGUGCCCCCAACCAACCCUCUUUUCCAUGAAGACCAGAAGUUUCUGAGUUCACAGGGUCCCUGUGCCUGGUACCACUCAGCACCUGGCUUCUCAGGAUAGUUGGAGAAGGAUGAACCUGUGCUGGGGUGAUAUCUCCAGCCUGUGUGACAGGCAGGACAGGCUCACAGCACACACACUGGGCUCCUGCUUGCUGCUGCAGGGACAGGUUCAGUCUCCACCUCCUUGGCCAGCCCUGUGGUGGGGCCAGAGACACAGUGAGACUAUGGCAGUCCUUGCCACCCCCACACUACCACAUAAAGUCCUUGGGUGGGGGGGGCGGGCCUGGGUCCCUCCCUCUUCCAGUGGGAGCCUCCACCCUGCAGGGCAAGAUGGGUGAACAAGAUGGUUGGGGUCUGACCUUCAGUCUGCGGGAGCUGGACAGGUGGGAGCUGACCCUGGACCAGGGGCCACCUCCUGAGACAUUUACAGCCAGAUGUGUGGUGCCAUCAGCACUGGGUGGGGCCAGACCGAGGGGCCACAGGUUCAGAAGGGGCCGAGCCCCUCCAGUUAAAGCUGGAGGGACUGUGGGGCCACUGCAGACUGAUAACUGGACAAAGUCCCCACCAAGCUGCCCAGCUUCACACCCCUCAAUCCCUUUGGCCUGACCAUGAGUCUUCUUGGCCACCUCCUGCCCAGCCUGCUCCUGCUUGUAGGUGAGUUGUCUGGUCCCACUCUUGUAGCAGGAUGGGGGCUCUGGGUUCUCAGCCUACUAUCUGGAUGGUGGUAAUAGACACUGGAGCUGAUGCCUGAGCCCCUGAAGAAGCAGGGGUGCAAGGCACUGCCCUAGAUGGCCUAUGUAGGAAGACCUGGGAGAAUGCAGGACAAACCAUAGGGUCCAGGAGAUGGUCCAGCUCCCCAGAGCCUGUCUACCACCCUUGAACUGGGUGGAACCCGGGGGGUCCCUGGAUCCCCUUUGAUGCAUCCCUUUGGGGGCACUAUCCUGGCCAGCCCCUCCACUUUGUUGUUGGGAGCCCUGUCAGGGUCUUGGCCCCUUGCGUGCCCAUACCUCUCUCCCCAUCCCAAUGUGCAGCUUCUUCAGAGUAGGAUCCUGGGGACGUCCCUGCUUAAUCCCAACAUGGACCCUGGAUGGCAGCUCUCUGUAGGGCCCAACACCCUCCCUGUCUCAUGUCCUGGGCCUGAGCCAAAAAAAACUGGACAGUCCUGGGCAAAGGGAGAUGACUGAUCACCUGCCCCCAGGCCACCUGGCUGUCUCUCUGCCAGCAGCAGGGGCGCUGGGCUGGGCCUGGGUCCCCAGCCACUGCAGACCCCCCAAUGAGGCCGUGUGCAACUUCCUGUGUGACUGCAGCAGCUGCUCAGAUGAAGCCCAGUGUGGUCACCAGGGGGCCUCGCCUGCCCUGGGCACCCCGUUCUCCUGCAACUUUGAGCAGGACCCCUGUGGCUGGCAGGAUAUCAGUACCUCAGGCUACAGCUGGAUCAGAGACCGGGCAGGGGCCACUCUGGAGGGUCCUGGGCCUCACUCAGACCACACUCUGGGCACUGACUUGGGUUGGUAUAUGGCUGUUGGGACACACCGAGGGAAGGAGGUGUCCACUGCUGUCCUGCGCUCCCCUACUCUGCGUGAGGCAGCCCCCACCUGUGAGCUGAGGCUCUGGUACCAUGUGGCAUCUGGAGACGUGGCUGAGCUGAGGCUGCAGCUAACCCAUAGCACGGAGACACUCACGCUGUGGUGGAGCUCAGGACCCUGGGGCCCUGGCUGGCAGGAGCUGGCAGUGAACACCGGCCGCAUCCACGGUGACUUCCGAGUGACCUUCUCUGCCACCCGAAAUGCCACCCACAGGGGCACUGUGGGCUUGGACGACCUGGAGUUCUGGGGCUGUGGUCUGCCCACCCCCCAGGCCAGCUGCCCCCCAGGGCACCACCACUGCCAGAACAAGGCCUGCAUAGAGCCCCACCAGCUGUGUGACGGGGAAGAUAGCUGUGGGGACCUGUCUGACGAGGACCCACUCACCUGCGGCCACCACAUGGCCACCAACUUUGAGACAGGCCUGGGCCCAUGGAACCACUUGGAGGGCUGGGUCAGGAACCACAGCAAUGCCAGCCCUGAGCACCCUGCCUGGCCACACCGAGACCACAGCCAGAACAGUGUGAGAGGCUCAUUCCUGGUCUCCCUUGCUGAGCCCAGCAGGCCUGCUGUCCUCUUCAGCCCCAAGUUGCAGGCCUCAGGCCCCCACAACUGCUCGUUGAUCUUCUAUCACUACCUGCAUGGGUCCGAGGCCGGCUGCCUCCGGCUGUUCCUGCAGACUCUCCUGCCCAGCAGCCCCCCAGCCCCUGUGCUGCUGCGGAGCCGCUGUGGGGAGCUGGGGGCUGCCUGGGUCCGAGACCGCAUUGACAUGCAGAGUGCCCACCCCUUCCAGAUCCUCCUGACUGCGCAGACAGGCCCAGGAGGUGUGGUGGGCCUGGACGACCUCAUCCUAUCUGACCACUGUCAACUGGUCCCAGAGCUGACAGCCCUGCAGACGCUGCCUCCUACACCCUGGGCCCAAGCCCCUGAGCUCCCACCCUCUGGCCCAUGGUUCCAGAAUGCCUGCAGUCCAGGGCAUCUCUCCUGUGGGGACCUGUGUGUGCCCCCAGAGCAGCUGUGUGACUUCCAGCAGCAGUGUACAGGGGCUGAGGAUGAGCAGGAGUGUGGAACCACAGAUUUUGAGUCCCCCAUGGCCGGGGGCUGGGAGGAUACCAGUGUGGGGCGGUUGCAGUGGCAGCUGUCUGCCCAGGGGACUGCUGCAGGUGAGACCAAGUCCUCACAAGAGCAGCCAGAACCUGCCCAUAAGUGGCAUCCCUGGAGGGAGGGGUCUCUGCCCUGCCGCUUGACUAGGGGAGGCCUCUGGAUCAAGGCCUCUGAGAGACAGAGGGUGCCCUGGAAGGAAUCAGGCUCUGAGGGCACUGCUUUGCCUUUAGGGCACUUCCUAUCUCUGCAGAAGGCCUGGGGGCAGCUGAGGCCUGAGGCUCGUGUCCUCAGCCCUGCCCUGGGCCCCUCUGGUCCCCACUGUGAGCUCCACUUGGCUUACUACUUCCUGAGCCAGCCCCAAGGUUUCCUAGCAUUGGUCGUGGUGGAUGGCAGCUCCCGGGAGCUUGUGUGGCAGGCCCCAAGCAGUAGCACUGGAGGCUGGAAGAUGGACAAAACCCUUCUGGGGGCACGCCGCCGGCCCUUCCGACUGGAGUUCAUUGGCCUACUGGACUUGGAUGGCCCUGGCCAACAGGGGGCUGGGGUGGACAAUGUGACCUUGAGAGACUGCAGCCCCACGGAGACCACCGAGAGAGACAGAGAGGUCUCCUGUAACUUUGAGCGAGACACAUGCAGCUGGUACACAGGCCAUUUCACAGAUGCACACUGGCACCGGGUCCAGAGCCAUGGUCCUGGGUAUGACCACACCACUGGCCGAGGCCACUUCAUGCUCCUGGACCCCACAGAGCCCCCAGCCCGGGACCAUGGUGCCCACCUGCUCUCCCAGCCCCAGGUCCCAGUGGCCCCCAUAGAGUGCCUCAGCUUCUGGUACCACCUCCAUGGGCCCCAGAUCGGGACACUGCGUCUAGCCUUGAGACGGGAAGGGGAGGAGGACACACUCCUGUGGUCACGGUCAGGCACCCACGGCAACCGCUGGCACGAGGCCUGGGCCACCCUUCACCACCAGCCUCACUCCCACACCCAGUACCAAUUGCUGUUCGAGGGCCUCCGGGACGGGUACCAUGGUACCAUGGCCCUGGACGAUGUGGCCCUGCGGCCUGAUCCCUGCUGGGCACCUAAGCACUGCUCCUUUGAGGACGCAGGGUGUGGCUUCUCCACUGGAGGCCAAGGUCUAUGGAAGUGCCAGACCAACGCCUCGGGCCAGGCUACCUGGGGCCCCCAGACAGACCACACCACAGAAACGGCUCAAGGACACUACAUGGUGGUGGACAUGAGCCCAAAUGCACUGCCACAGGGCCACGUGGCCACCCUGACAUCAGAGGAGUACAGGCCCCUGGCCCAGUCCGCCUGCCUGACCUUCUGGUACCACUUGAGCCCCCGCAACCCAGGCACCCUACGGGUCCACAUGGAGCAGAAUGGGAGACGCCAGGUCCUCAGCAUCAGUGCCCAAGGCGGGGCUGUCUGGCGCCUGGGCAGCGUGGAUGUGCAGGCUGGGCAGGCCUGGAGGGUGGUAUUUGAGGCCGUGGCCGCAGGCGUGGGGCCCUCCUACGUGGCCCUAGAUGACCUGUUUCUUCAGGAUGGGGCUUGCCCUCGGCCAGGUUCUUGUGACUUUGAGACUGGCCUGUGUGGCUGGAGCCACCUGGCCUGGCCUGGCCUAAGUGGGUACAGCUGGGACUGGAGCAGUGGUGCUACACCUUCCAGUUACCCCCAACCCCCUGUAGACCACACCCUGGGCACAGAAGCAGGCCACUUUGCCUUCUUUGAAACCAGUGUACUGGGCCCCGGGGGGCAGGCGGCCUGGCUGCGCAGUGAGCCCUUGCCGGCCACCCAGGCCUCCUGUCUCCGCUUCUGGUACCACAUGGGCUUUCCCGAGCAUUUCUACAAGGGGGAGCUGAGGGUACUGCUGGCCAGCACCCACGGCCAGCUGGCUGUGUGGGGCCAGGGCGGGCACCGGAGGCACCAGUGGCUGGAGGCCCAGGUUGAGGUGGCCAGCACUGAGGAGUUCCAGAUUGUUUUUGAAGCCACUCUGAGCGGCCAGCCUGCCCUGGGACCCAUUGCCCUGGAUGAUGUUGAGUACCAGGCUGGGCACCGCUGCCAGGGGACUGUGCCCAGCCAGGGGCACACAGCCACACCCGGGUCUGUGCAAGCUGCAGUCACUGGCGCCCUACUCCUCUUCAUGCUCCUGGUGCUGCUGGGGCUUGGAGGCCGACUCUGGCUUCAGAAGACAGGAGGCUGCCCCUUCUGGAGUGACAGGGAACCUAUGGCCUCUGGCUUUGACAACAUCCUCUUCAAUGCAGAUCAUGUCACCCUCCCAGCAUCUGUCACCAGUGACCCAUAGACCACCAGACGAGGCUCUGGCUCCUCACACAAGCACCUUGCCAGUCAGACGCCAGCGGGCAUUGAAUGCCUACCCACUGCUGGUCAAACUGCAGGUCUCAGGACGUGCCUAGCCUGUGUGUCCCUUUCCUGGUCCCGUGACUCCAUGAAGAAAUACCCUGGCCCAUGAGUCUGGGCAUGUGGGACAAAGGCCAACACACCCACACACUGCCAGCCAGCAGGGAGGGGCUCCAAGGACUUCAGACCCAAUACACUCAGGAUAUGUGCACCUCCUUGCUUAUACAGCCCAAGACAGGAUAUAGACAGGCACAAGGAGCACCCUGGCAGCAUCAGGAAGCCAGUGCCCCAGGCCAGGUGGGAAACAAACUGGCACAGGGACAGAGAAAACAGCAAAACCUUUCUGGAGUGUGGCAACAGAGCUGGCCUGGUGGGAGAGGAAUGUCACACUGUGUCCUGUACACAAUAAAGAAGCCUGCCUCGGGUGGCACCUGUGGCUCAAAGGGGUAGGGCGCCGGCCCCAUAUGCCAGAGGUGGUGAGUUCAAGCCCAGCCUCGGCCAAAAACUGCAAAAAAAAAAAAAAGCCUGCCUCACUGUCCCUGUCAGAGGAUCCUGAGUACCCUAUCCCUGAUCAGAGACCCCAUGUCCACUGUCUACCUUCAUGGUGCUGUCCCUACUUGCCCACUGUCCAUGCAAAGGUCUCAGCAAUCCCUGGCUACAGGUCAUUAAGCCAAGGUUCCCUUGUACCCCAAAGCCCUGAACAGGCUGAUCCCUGGCCUUGCUCAGCUUCCAGGCUCAGGAGGGAAGGGGACUCUCCGGAGCUGUGUCUCAAUUGAGACACAGCCCUGCUGCAGCAGCUUGGGUGUUGAGGCCUGAGAGGGCUGGCUUCCCACUGCUGUCCCAAGGCAGGGCAGUGACAAUCACACCUAGGCAGCCAUGUACUCUGUUCCCACCCACAGGAAGGCUCUGCCCUAGUUCAAAGACACUCAUCUGUCCCAAGGAGCCAUCAAUGUCCUAGUGGGCACAGCAGGACCCCUGCCUGUCCUGAGAGCUCAGGCCUAGGGAGGGCAGCAACUGGGAGCAGCUCACACUGUCCUGAACAUUCAGGAAACAUGAGACUGCCCAAUGUCCCAGCAGAUAACUACAGAGGGGGACCAAGACUCAGAGACCCUUUCUCCCCACAGCUGUGGUCCAGCCUGUGAGGCACUGGUGGCAGGCCUGGGCGCUGGCAGAAAUGAAGCACCUGCAGCAGGAUAUGCUACUGGCAGGAAGGGCACAAGCUUUAAACGCAGCGCCAGUAACAUCCUCAGUCCCCACUUUGUGCUUCUGA